UGCACUAGCGCCGUACUGGCCACGCGCCCUCUUAUAUGAAGCUAGAUUUGUCCACUAAUGGAGUCGAGUAAAGACACCUGCUCAGCUCCGCCAUCCUUUCACCGACUUCAAGAGCUCUCACAGCAUGGUCAGCCGUGUGACAAACCCCGGUCAGACCGGAAGCAGUGGGAAGACGGAUGCAGGAGCAAACAAGCUGAGCAGUGAUUCUGGCCGAGUUUCGAAAUCGACGAACCCGAAGCGAAAGUCUUCGCAGGUACAGGCAUUCAUCUCAGAGGCCAAGAAAGAGGCCACGAUUGAGCCGACAGGGGAGCUUUCGUGGGAGGAGGCGCACCGGAACUGUCUGGAUAUGCUCGAUGAGGCCGACCAAGGCACCCGCCGCCUGAAUGCGACCAUCGUCAAAGAGAGGCAUGAAGCCUCGACUUCCAUACAGAAGCUGCGUACGGAACUACAGCAAGUCACCGUAGACAAGGAACAAGCUGAGAGGCGUUGCGGGGAGCUCGAGAAUGAGGUCGCACAGUUGAAGCAACAGAAUGAGACUUCAAUUGCCAGCUCUCAAGGUCAAGUGUCGUGGACUGAGGUUCAAACUAUCCUCAACGGAAUCCAGACCAAUCUUCUCGCCACUGCCCAGAGCGUCUCGGAGAACAAGUCUAUGCUGGAGAACAGACAAUAUUCCACGUUUUUACCAGGAUCCGAUGUGUUCCAAGACCACCCCUUGAGUCAGACAGCGCCAUCUAUGGGUAUGGGCCCCUAUACGCUGCCAAGCGCGCCCAUGACGUUGCCGGGGGCAGGGUGGUUUGGCAAUGGGCUUAUACCAAACCAGCCGAAUAUGUCCACUACCGCACCACAUGGUGCGCAGGCUUAA